AUGGCGACAGAGUUCCCCGAGAUCAAGCUUCACUGGCUCAACGAAUCCCGCGCCCAGCGCAUAGUCUGGCUCCUCGAAGAGCUCAAACUUCCCUACACCAUCGAAGUCUACCACCGCGAAAACAUGCUCGCCCCAAUCUCCCUCCAGAAGGUUCACCCCCUCGGCAAAUCCCCCGUCGUAACCAUCUCCUCCGCCACCACCUCCGAACCCCUCGUCCUCGCCGAAUCGGGCCACAUCACCCAAUACCUCUGCGACCACUUCGCACCCACCCAAAACCCCUCCCUCGUACCGCGCAAAUGGCAACCGGGCAAAGAGGGCCAAGUCGCCGGCGAGACCGAGUCCUACCUGCGCUUCGCCUACCUUCUCCACUACGCAGAGGGCACCCUCAUGAUGACCGUGCUCGUCUCCCUCAUCCUCGGCAUCCUGGGGUCGCCCCGCGUGCCUUUUCUCGUGAGGCCCGUUUCGGGCUUCGUGGCUAAUAAGGUGCAGAAUGCGUUCGUGUUCCCUAACGCGAAGAGGAAUUUUGAGUUUUUGGACGAGUUGCUGAGGACGGCGCCGGAUGGGGGCGGGUAUUUGUGUGGGGGGGAGUUGACGGCUGCGGAUAUUCUUAUGAGUUUCCCUUUGAUUGCUGCGAGGAGGAGGUUUGCUCAUAUCGGGAAGUGGGAGGGUGGGAGUUUGGAGAAGGCGUUUCCUCGUGUUUGGGCGUAUUUGGAUAAGUUGGAGGCUGAGGCGGGGUAUCUGCGGGCGGUGGAGAAGAUUAAGGAGCUUGAUGGCGGCAAGUUUGUUGCUAUAUAG